AUGGGAAAGUCUUUCCUCGAUAGACUGAGGGUGAGGGAUGACACUGAGCAUGGCUACGAAACGACGAAGUGGAUUAAUCCAGAUAUUGCACCGCUCCCACCCAACAGGAGAACCUGGGGCGUAUGGGCUUUCCUAGGUUUUGGAUCGAUCUCCAACUUGUGUAUCUCAGCAUGGACCGGUGCGGCAUCUUUACUAUCGUUGGGUCUUACGAUCCCACAGACCAUUGGUCUGAUGAUUCUCGCUCGAGUCCUCAUUUGCUUGCUUGUCAUUGGUAACGGAUGGAUGGGAGGUGAAUGGCACAUUGGCUUCACGGUCUCCCAGAGAAUUAUUCUUGGUAUGAACGGAGCCUACAUUGGACAGCUUAUCCGAAUCAUGUUGUCUAUUGUUUGGUACGGAUCGCAGGCUUGGUUGGGUGGACUUUGCGUCUCAGCUAUGCUGAGUAGCUGGAGCUACAAAUUUCUCACCAUGGAGAACACGCUCCCGGAAAGCGCUCACAUGGUCACCCGCGAUCUUAUCGGAUUCGUCAUCUUUCAUCUGAUCUCCAUUCCGUUCUUGCUCAUUCGCGUCGAGAAGGCCAAGGUUCCGGUCAUUAUUGCCAACUUGAUCGUGCUUGUCACCAUGAUGGGUAUCACCAUCUGGGCAUGCACUACAGGCGGUACUGGCCCUCUCUUUGAGUCCGGUGCAAAGCAACCGUCUACGCUCACCAAGGAAUGGGCUUGGGUUUACGGUAUCAUCGCCUCCGUUGGCAACAUUUCAGCCGGUGUGCUCAAUCAGAGUGAUUUCACACGUUUUGCGCGUCGACAAGGUUGCCAAGUUCCAGGGAUCGUCUUUUCCCUUUUCAUUCCUGGAAUGAUCGUCCCAAUCUUCGCCAUCCUGACCGCUUCGGCCUCGAUGGCUAUCUGGAAGCUUGAAGAGCCAAUGUGGAACCCCUUAACUGUCAUCACCCAGUGGAUGAUGGAUGAUUACAACGCCAAAACCCGUGCUGGCGCAUUUUUCUGCAGCUUGGGCUUUGUGCUGGGCCAGAUCGCGGAGAACAUCCUCGGCAACGGGUACGCCGCUGGCAUGGACCUUGCUGGUCUUCUUCCUACCUGGAUCACAAUAAAGCGUGGUGCGCUUCUGGCCGCGGCUUUGUCUUGGGCUGUCCAGCCUUGGGAGUUCUACAACACUGCCAGCGUGUUCGUUUCAGUCGCUGCCAGUUUCUCUGUUUUUAUGGGUCCCUUGACGGGCAUUAUGAUGACGGAUUACUUCGUUAUCCGCCGCCAGCGCAUCGAGAUGAGCCAGUUGUACACAGGAUCCAAGGAUGGAGCGUACUGGUACACUGGUGGCUUCAACUGGAGAGCUUUCGUAGCUUGGGUGGUCUGCUUCGUUCCGGCCAUGCCCGGCAUGAUUGCAGCUGUCAACCCCAACGUAAAGAUCAACGACGGGCUCUACAAAUAUUACCUUGGAAACUACAUCUUUGGAUUCCUGGAGGCUGGAGCACUCUAUGCGGCUCUUACCUUUGCAUUCAAGCCCAACAGAGUUGGCUAUCAAGAUGAAUUUGACGUCUACGGAACAUUCGACGACGAUGUCGCCAUCAAGAAGGGCAUGGCGCCUUUCGAGAGACCCAAGCGGGUUGAAGGGCCUCUUGAGGGUAUGCCCAUAGAAAUUGAUGGAGGUUCUGCUGCUAAGAAGCCAGCAGAGCCCUGA